CCUCCCGUUUUCUUCUCCUGGUGAUGGUGGUAAAUACAUAAAUACUGUUCAAUCUCUUCCACAGUCUCUUGUUCAGUUGCCUUAUCUUCCUCCUUUGCCUCCAACCCAACUUCCCACCACUUUUCGGUUUCCUUUUCCCUUGCCUCCCUCCCUCUCUUCUUUCUUUCUUUCAUUCUUUGUCCUUUCUUUCGUUUUUCCCUUUUUUUCACCCACUUUUUGUUUUCCCUUUUUCAGCUUCUCUUUGAUACCACUUCCCACAGUCACUGUUAUACUGUCGCUGCUGGACGAUAAUUACAACCUCUGCAUCCUAAUUGCUUGAAUUACUAAUACGGGUUCUAACUAUUUUUCACAAUGUCGUACAAUAACAACAGUCAGCCUCCUCCUCAAAACCCUCAGGGCAAUUAUUACUACGACCAAAAUCAGCAAGGCCAACAAGGCCAGCCAGGCCAACCACCCCAGCCAAACCAGCAAUACGAUCAGAACUAUCAACAAAAUCCCAACCAACAGCAAUACUACGAUCCCAACUACUCCGACCAGUAUGUGAACGAUCCCAACAACCCCAAUCCCCAAAACUAUCCUCCAAAUGACCAGUACCAACAGCCUCCAAUCGACCCUAAUAACCCCAACCAACAACAGCCUUACCCACCAAAUCCAAAUGACCCUUAUCCAAACGAACAGUACGAUCCCUACUACGAUCAAAACCAGUACUACGACCCCAACAACCCCAACCAAAACAUCCCCCAACAACCCUAUCCUCCUGGCGCUAAUCCUCCUCAACCUGGCAUGUACCAGGAUCAAAACCAAUACUACGACUACGACCAAAGAAACGAUCCUCAAACCGGCGAGGCCUUUUCCGACUUCAGCUACGGCGGCGCUCCUCAAUCCGGAACUCCAGGCUACGACUACAGUACGACGUAUACCCCUUCGCAAAUGUCCUACAACGAUCCUAGAUCUGGUGCUUCUACUCCCUAUGGCUCUGGAACUUACAUGCAAGGUGAAGAAGGUGGCUACAUCCCAGGUCUCCCUAACGACCCUUAUCCUGCCUGGUCCGCUGAUAACCAAGCUCCCGUCAAAUUGGAAGACAUUGAAGAUGUCUUUAUUGACUUGUCAAACAAAUUCGGUUUCCAAAGAGACUCUAUGAGAAACAUGUUCGACCACUUUAUGACCCUCUUGGACUCAAGAGCCUCAAGAAUGUCUCCCUCCUUCGCUUUACUAUCUUUGCACGCCGAUUUCAUUGGUGGUGAAACUGCAAACUACAAAAAAUGGUACUUUGCUGCUCAUCUCGAUUUAGAUGAUCAAGUGGGCUUUGCCAACAUGAACAUUGGUAAACUUUCCAAAAAGGCUAAAAAGGCCUCCAAAAAGGCUAAAAAGGCUGCCUUGAAUGCAAACCAAGAAAACGUCGAGGAAACCCUACACGACUUGGAAGGUGAUAACUCCCUAGAAGCCGCUAACUACAGAUGGAAACACGAAAUGAACAAACUAACCCCAAUCGAAAAAGUCAGAGACAUUGCCCUCUAUCUAUUGUGUUGGGGUGAAGCAAACCAGGUCAGAUUCACUCCCGAAUGUCUCUGUUUCAUCUACAAAUGUGCUCAUGACUACUUGAAAUCCCCUGCUUGCCAAAACAAAACUGAACCAAUUCCUGAAGGCGAUUUCCUCAAUAGAGUUAUCACCCCAAUCUACAAGUUCCUUAGAGAUCAAAUCUACGAGGUUCUUGAUGGUAGAUAUGUCAAAAGAGAAAGAGACCACAACAAAAUCAUUGGUUAUGACGACGUCAACCAACUCUUCUGGUAUCCUGAAGGUAUUGGUAGAAUCAUCUUUGAAGAUGGCUCAAGACUAGUCGAUCUUCCCCAAGAAGAAAGAUACCUAAGACUAGGUGAUGUUGACUGGAAAAACGUCUUUUUUAAAACUUAUAAGGAAAUUAGAACCUGGUUGCAUUUGGUUACAAAUUUCAAUCGUAUCUGGAUCAUUCAUGGCUCCAUCUACUGGAUGUACUGUGCCUUUAACUCUCCAACCCUAUACACAAAGAACUACGUCCAACUAGUCAACAACCAACCGGUUCCAACCUUCAGAUGGGCCAGUUGUGCUCUUGGUGGUACUGUUGCAACUCUAGUCCAACUUUUUGCUACUGUUUGUGAAUGGAUGUUCGUUCCAAGAAACUGGGGUGGUGCUCAACAUUUAUCCCGUCGUUUCUUUUUACUUCUUUUAGUUCUCAUUGUUAACCUUGGUCCUGUGGUUUUUAUUAUCUUUUACAAUAAAUUAGAUGUCUAUUCUAAACUUGCCCAUAUUAUUUCUAUCGUUUCCUUCUUUAUCGCUGUUGCCACAAUCGUUUGGUUUGCAGUUAUGCCUCUUGGCGGUCUAUUCACUUCUUACAUGAACAAAAAAUCAAGAAAAUUUGUUGCUUCUCAAACUUUCACUGCUAACUUUUACCAACUAUCCGGCAUGAACAUGUGGAUGUCCUACAUAUUAUGGACCUUAGUCUUUUUAGCAAAAUACCUUGAAUCCUACUUCUUUUUGAUUUUGUCUCUCAGAGAUCCCAUUAGAAACUUGUCAACAAUGCACAUGAGAUGUGCUGGUGAAAAAUACUUUGGUAACUCCCUAUGUAAAUACCAAUCUCAAGUUGUUCUCGGUCUUAUGUAUUUUACUGAUUUCAUCUUAUUUUUUUUGGAUACAUAUAUGUGGUACAUCAUCUUAUCUUGUGUUUUCUCCGUCGGUCUAUCCUUUUACUUGGGUAUCUCUAUCUUAACUCCCUGGAGAAACAUCUUUAUUCGUCUACCAAAGAGAAUUUACUCAAAAGUUUUAGCUACUGCCGCUAUGGAUAUCAAAUAUAAACCCAAAGUUCUCAUUUCUCAAGUUUGGAAUGCCAUUGUUAUUUCCAUGUACAGAGAACAUUUACUAGCCAUUGAACAUGUUCAAAAAUUAUUAUAUCAUCAGGUUCCUUCCGAAAUUGAAGGCAAAAGAACUUUAAGAGCUCCAACUUUUUUUGUUUCUCAAGAUGAUAAUAACUUUGCCACUGAAUUUUAUCCAAAGGGUUCCGAAGCCGAAAGAAGAAUUACCUUCUUUGCUCAAUCUCUAGCCACCCCAAUUCCAGAACCAUUGCCCGUUGAAAAUAUGCCCACUUUUACUGUUUUUACCCCUCAUUAUUCCGAAAAGAUCUUGUUAUCCUUAAGAGAAAUCAUCAGAGAAGAUGAUCAAUUUUCAAGAGUCACCUUGUUGGAAUAUUUAAAACAACUACAUCCAGUAGAAUGGGAGUGUUUUGUCAAAGAUACUAAAAUCUUGGCUGAGGAAACUGCCGCUUUUGAAAACAGUAAUGAUCCUGAAAAGGAAGAAGAUAAUGCUAUGAAAUCUCAAAUCGAUGACUUACCUUUCUACUGUAUUGGUUUCAAAAGUGCUUCUCCAGAAUAUACUGUUAGAACUAGAAUCUGGGCCUCUUUAAGAUCACAAACUUUAUAUCGUACUGUUUCAGGUAUGAUGAAUUAUGCUAGAGCUAUUAAAUUACUCUAUAGAGUUGAAAACCCAGAAAUUGUUCAAUUGUUUGGUGGCAACACUGAAGGUCUUGAAAGAGAAUUGGAAAGAAUGGCAAGAAGAAAGUUCAAAUUUGUUAUUAGUAUGCAAAGAUUGUCAAAAUUCAAACCCGAUGAAGCUGAGAAUGCAGAGUUUUUGUUACGUGCUUAUCCAGAUUUACAAAUUGCUUACUUGGAUGAAGAACCACCACUUGAAGAAGGUGCUGAUCCAAGAAUUUAUUCAGCUAUUAUUGAUGGUCACUGUGAACUAAUGGAAAAUGGUAAACGUCGUCCAAAAUUUAGAAUUCAAUUGUCUGGUAAUCCUAUUAUUGGUGACGGUAAAUCUGAUAAUCAAAAUCAUGCUGUUAUUUUCCACCGUGGUGAAUAUAUUCAAUUAAUCGAUGCUAAUCAAGAUAAUUAUCUCGAAGAAUGUCUCAAAAUUAGAUCCCUUCUUGCUGAAUUCGAAGAACUCACUGUUGAACAAACUAACCCAUAUGCUCCUGACUUGAAAUAUGAAGAUAAACAUGUACAUCCUGUGGCUAUUGUUGGUGCAAGAGAAUAUAUUUUCUCUGAAAAUACUGGUAUUCUUGGUGAUAUUGCAGCUGGUAAAGAACAAACCUUUGGUACUCUUUUCCACAGAAUCUUGGCUCAACUUGGUGGUAAAUUACACUAUGGUCAUCCAGAUUUCCUUAAUGGUACUUUUAUGUGUACAAGAGGUGGUGUUUCCAAAGCUCAAAAAGGUUUACAUCUUAAUGAAGAUAUUUACGCUGGUAUGAAUGCCAUGUUGCGUGGUGGAAGAAUUAAGCAUUGUGAUUAUUUCCAAUGUGGUAAAGGUAGAGAUAUGGGUUUUGGUUCUAUUCUUAAUUUCACAACUAAGAUUGGUGCUGGUAUGGGUGAACAGAUGUUAUCGAGAGAAUAUUACUAUCUUGGUACUCAAUUGCCAUUAGAUCGUUUCUUAAUUUUCUAUUAUGCUCAUCCCGGUUUCCAUGUUAAUAAUUUGUUUAUUCAAUUGUCCUUGCAACUUUUCAUGGUUACUUUAGUCAAUUUGAACUCAUUAGCUCAUGAGGCUAUUAUCUGUGUUUAUGAUAGAAAUACACCAGUCACCGAUCCUCAAAUUCCUCGUGGUUGUUAUAAUUUAUCACCAGCAAUUGAUUGGGUUAGACGUUUUACUCUUUCUAUUUUCAUUGCGUUUUUUAUUUCUUUCAUUCCAUUGUUUGUCCAAGAAUUAAUUGAAAAGGGUGUUGCUAAAUGUGUUGCCAGAUUGGCUCGUCAUUUCUGUUCUUUAUCACCACUUUUUGAGGUGUUUGUUGCUCAAAUUUAUGCUUCAUCUAUUUCUUCCGAUUUAUCAGUUGGUGGUGCUCGUUAUAUUGCCACUGGUCGUGGUUUUGCUACAUCCCGUAUUCCAUUUUCAGUGUUGUAUUCACGUUUUGCACAAUCUGCUAUUUAUAUGGGAGCUAGAUUAUUAUUCAUGUUAAUAUACUCAACCUCUUCUCACUGGCAACCAGCUUUGUUAUGGUUUUGGUUAUCAAUCAGUUCUUUAAUUUUCCCACCUGUUAUUUUCAAUCCACAUCAAUUCUCAUACCAAGAUUUCUUUAUUGAUUAUCGUGAUUUUAUCAGAUGGUUAUCUAGAGGUAAUGGAAAAUGGCAUAAGAAUUCUUGGGUUGGAUAUGUUAAAAUGUCUAGAUCCAGAAUUACUGGUUUCAAACGUAAAGUUCUUGGUGAACCUUCUGAAAAAGCUGCUGGUGAUGCUGCUAGAGCUCACCGUAGUAACAUUUUCAUUGCAGAUUUAUUUCCUACUAUUAUAGUUGCCGCUUUCCUCUUUGUUGCUUUUACUUUUGUUAAUGCCCAAACAGGUGUUCGUGGUGGUAGAGCUGAUCCAGUUAAUUCAUCUUUGCGUAUUGCAAUUGUCUCUUUUGCUCCAGUUGGUAUUAACAUGGGUGUCUUAGCCGUUUGUCUGGCUUUGGCAUGUUGCGCAGGUCCUCUUUUGGGUGUAUGUUGCAAAAAAACUGGUGCUGUUCUUGCUGGUGUUGCUCAUGGCUUUUCGGUUAUUAUCUACUUGAUCUUCUUUGUUGCUAUGUGGGUUUUGGAAGGUUUUAAUUUCCCUAAAAUGGUUCUUGGUAUGUCUACCAUGAUUUACGUUCAAAGAUCAUUAUUCAAAUUUAUGACUCUUUGUUUUUUGACCAGAGAAUUCAAACAUGACCAUGCUAAUGCUGCUUUCUGGACUGGUAAAUGGUAUGGUGCUGGUAUGGGUUACAUGUCAUUUACCCAACCUGCUCGUGAAUUCUGUGCAAAGAUUAUUGAACAAUCAGAGUUUGCUGCCGAUUUCUAUUUGGGUCACUUUAUUCUUUUGGUUCAAUUACCAGUUAUUUUGAUCCCAUUUGCUGAUAGAUGGCAUUCUAUGUUGUUAUUCUGGUUGAAACCAAGUCGUCAAAUCAGACCACCAAUUUACUCAUUGAAGCAAGCUAAAUUAAGAAAGAGAAUGGUCAGAAAGUAUUCAGUACUUUACUUCCUUGUUUUGAUUCUUUUUGUUGUUGCUAUUGCUGCUCCUGCAGUUGCUAGUAGCGCAUUGGAUUCUACUUACCAAUCUAUCACUGAUACUCUUAAAGAUGGAUUUAUGGAUGGUUUGUUGCAACCAAGAAAUGUCAGUAACAAUGAUACUGGUAAAUCUGCUCCAAGAUCAUUCUACUCUACCACACCAUCACUCUCCACUUGGUCUACUAUAUUGUGAUCACCAUUAAUAUUAAAAAUUUUAGAUAUUUGUAACUUGUGUAAUUUUUUUAAAAGUGUUUUUUUAAUUGAUUGAUAUUUUAUUAAGUUUUUAUUGUUUUUUUUGAUUAUAAUAUUAUAUCUAUUUAAGUCUGCC